GUUUCCGAGCUACAUUUUGAGAUACGUCUACGAGUACCCAUCACGGUAUCCUAUCGAUCCGACGUGGCAGUCUCAAUGCUACACCACACGCCUGUUGCCCAUCGUUGCCGGCACGGCUGUAUCUUGCUAUCCACGGCGCCGCCGCGCAGGCCACCCUGCCGCCCCUCCCGUUCACCGGCGCAACCGCUCUAACGGUCAGGCGUCAUCCCCCAGCCAAACACAGGGCACUGUGCUCUCCAAUGGAUCCCUGCACCGCCCCGCCGGCGGCCUCCACGUGGCCCCGCGCGGUGAGGCGCCGCUCGCUGGACGGGGCAGGGGUGCCGCCGGGGUGCCGGAGGGUGGAGGAGCUCGAGGAGGCGGUUUGGCGGCUGCGGGCAGAGAAGGACGCCGCGGAGUGCGCCGCGGCGGCGCUGCGGGCGGAGCUGGACGCGGAGCGCGGGGCCGCGGAGACCGCGGCGAGCGAGACGAUGCUGAUGAUCACGCGGCUGCAGCGGGAGAAGGCCGCGGCCAUGAUGGAGGCGCGCGAGCUCCGGGGCCUUGCCGAGGGCCGGGCCCUCCGGGAAUGCGAGCUGCACGACCGGCUCGCCGCGGUCUCCGCUCUCGCCACGUCCUACGCCGCCCUGCUCCGCGCUCACGGCGUCGACCCCGAGGACGCGGAGGACGGCGGCGGGAGCUACGAGGACGAAGACGACGAUCGUUCCGUCGAAUACCUCGAGGCGGACGCGGACGGGGAGAACCACGGCGGAGACGCGGAGGCGACGGCGGUCACAGCAGCGGUGGCCGAGGAGCCGCCGCCGCCGCCGUCACCGCCUGCGGCCGAGAAGGAGACCGAGUACACCGCGGACGUGCAGUGCGUGCCGUGCGCGGCCACGACGCAAGCCGUUGCCCCCCCGGCGCCGCGGGAGGCGAGCGUUGUCCGUGUCGCCGAGGAACCCAGUCUCUACGAGAGGGUAACGGCGCUGGAGGCGGACAGCGCGGCGAUGCGGAGGGAGGUGGCGGCGCUGCGGGCGGAGCGCGCGCAGGUGGUGCUGGCGCGGGAGUUGGCGCGGCGGCUGUGCCGGCAGGCGGCGGCUGACGAGAGGGCCGCCGUCGUGGCGCCGGAGAGGCCGCACUUCUCGGCGCUCGCCAUUUGCAGAUGGCUAUUCUCUACAAUCAUUUGGGGAAAGACACAUUCUGCAUCUGCAGCCAGCUCGUCGACGUCGUCCCUCCUCCGCCAGAUUCUACUCCUGGAGAGAUCCAAAGGCGACCACUCGAUCCAAAUCAGCCGGUCUCCACCGCGCAACCAAAUGCCUGUGAACGGAGAGAACAGACUGGGCGAGAAGCCAUGGAGUUCCCCGUUGUGAGGAACUGAUGGCGCUUGCAAGUUUUUGGCCAAGUAUCCGGUCAGGAGUUUCAUAAAGCAGCAUUCAGUUCUCAUAGGAAUUCUCGUGUUCCAAACAACGCUUUUUAAUUUCGAUAAAGUUCCCUGAAUGUCAUUCAAAUGUAUAGCCGUCCCGUGUAUGCUAUUGAAAAUUAAGUCAUUCUUUCACCGUCAUUGAAUUUUGAUAUUUCUUUCUUUCUAUAUCAUUCCGUUAAAUUUUGCCGUUA